AUGUACUCUACAUUCUCUUUAUCAAAACACCUCGUUUCGGUCCUUGUCUUGGCCGUGGUAGCCAUACAAGUGCUCCUUAUGCGCACCGUUUCGUCCAUGAAUAUGACCAAUGCGUAUCUGAAUCACAAAUGUUUAGUUAGUCAAGGGAAAUACAAGCCGGGAAGUUUGCAAGAGAAAGACUUUAAUCAUAUCAUCAAAACCUUGUCGAAUGAGUCAUAUGCUUUUCGUACUGGUUACACCAUGAUGGGCUUUGGUGAUGAACCUGAUAUGGUCUCCGUCACCUACCAGUGUCGUGGCGACUCUUACGGAAAUAAAUGCCGUUCCUGCUUUGCCACCGCCCAGUCUGAGCUUCGUAAGAGAUGUCCGAGAGACAAGGGGGCAAUAAUAUGGUACGAUCACUGCCUUGUCUAUUUUUCCUCGUUCGAUACUACAGGGCAGAUCAAUUAUGAUGAUGGUUUCUGUCUGACGAGCGCGAAGAAUGUGAGCGGCGAUCGGAACUCUUUUGAGGAGACGUUUUUGACUCUCAUCGGUGAUUUGACAAAAGUAGCUGUUACUAAAAAACAAAAAAACAUAAAAAGUUACGACAAGCCGGCGCUGUACGCGGCAGGAGAAAAGAGGAUCGGGAAGAAUAAGAUGUAUGUAAUGGUGCAGUGUAGGCUUGACUUAACUGUUAAGGGUUGUAAGGAGUGUUUGUCACAUAUGGUCGUGCAUUAUCAAGAUUGCUAUAAAAAUAAACAAGGAGCAAGAGUUUUUGGUGGGAGCUGUAGCUUUAGGUUUGAGCUUUACCCUUUUGUUAAUCCUAAGACUAGUCCUAACUAA